CUUCCUGUUAGUGACCGUUUCCUGUUUCCUUGUUUUUGUUUUGUUUUGUUUUGUUUUUUACCUCCGUUCAUGCCAUUCGUUCCUUGCCAUAAUUGUCGUUUAUUUUGAAUGUUUUAUGCCAUUUAUUUGAAUAAACUGCACUUGGGUACAUGCCAUGAAGGUAAUGCACCAAUAAGCUGGAUGCCAACCGCCGUAAAACAGGAAAGAGGAAGAAGAAGAAGGGUACAUGCCAUAAUUCAGUCUGAGUGUAAGAUACUGUUUCAGCGGAUCGCGAUGAUGAUGGAUACUCUGAAACUAGCUUUCCUACUUAUGAUUUUUGGUGUUCAUUUGGAUGAAGCUUUUUCCCGGGGUAUUAAAACUUACUUUGCGAUAGUAAACACACCAUAUACAUUCCCUGGUAACGGCAGCAGCUGUGACAGAGCUGAAUGGAGAAAGAGUUCCCCCACAGAUACAACUAUUGCUACAUACCAAAACAAGAUCUGCCGGAUUGAAAAAGAUUUUCGAGAAGAGUUCUCGUGUAAAGAAAAACACCUGCUUCUCAACUCAGCAAAAUACGCUGACAGUGGGCCCUAUGAGUUUGUCUGUAAUGGGGAUAAAAAACCACUUAUACUGGAUGUUUUAUAUGCAGUAAAUGUGGAUACGGCAGAGAUGGACAACAUCACCCUCAGCUGUCAUGCAGCCAAUGCCAAUGAUGUGACGUGGCUGCAUAAAGAUGAAAAAGUUUUGCACUAUAAGAAAGAUGGAACCAUAAUCCCUGGCAAAGGCUACGAAGGAAGAGUAUCACUGGAGAAGAACUGCCUCAAAACCGGUGAUCUCUCUUUGACCAUCACUGGAGUUUGCAAGACAGAUGCUGGAUUAUACCAGUGCUUUGUGAAUGAUGAAACGACUAAAGGAGACCCACAGGCCUGCCUGUUACAUGUGAAAGAGAAACGCUCCAGUCCAGGAAACCAAACAGACUCCAACUGCAAUGAAGCACAAAUUCCCAUUAUUUAUAAAACAGCCACCAUCAUUUUAGGCACUUUGUUGGGCUUCCUUAUUUUAGUGGCUGUGAUAUAUUUACUGUAUUGUCUCACCUCCAAACUACCCAAAUAUCAAUCCACAUCAGCUACAACCACUUAUGAAAGGCAGUCAGUGGACAGUAAUCCUGUUCAGGAGAGCAAUACCACAGAAAAUAAGUCUUCCAACACCAGGCCUUUUUUUAAUCUGUCAGAACGAGGCCUGUAAAGAUCUAGGCCCGUUUCACAGCGCCUGCUCAAGUAAAGCAACAGCACUACUACAACACCAGGCUCAUGUGGAGAUUUCACAGCAUUUCUACUCCAAAAUGAACUGCAGCUCAUUUAUUUAAAAAUAUAAAAGACAAUAAUUACCACUUUAACCAGCAGGUGGAGGCAAAGUAGCAUUUAUUUGCGCAUAUAUCAGCCAUUUCAUCUAAUCGUUUUUCACUUUGUUUUUGAC